AACACAUACAUACUGCCAGAGGCCCUUUCUCUCUCUCUCCUCUUUAUCUCUCUCUUGGAUUUCUCCCUACUUAUUAAGAAACCACUCUGUUUUCAGCCUUUGUCAUCCGGCCUCAUUUUCAGCACAACUUUUUUUAAAAGAAAAGAAAAAAAAGAAUGAUGGGUUUGAAGGCAUUUGUGGCUACACUAGUUUUGUUCUUGAGCACUAGUGCAAAUUCCAUGAACUUGAGCAGCAGGCUGAAAAAUACAGAGGAAAGCUACCUAAAGUGGAUAAGGAUUAUGGGUUCUCGCAACCACUCCAAGUUCUUGGAGGCCAAGAACAAACUCCAGCCCUGCAAAUUCAUUAAGGUCCACAAAAACCCGAAAAUGGGAGACUUUACAUCUAUUAAGCAUGCCAUUGACUCAAUCCCACUCUUCAACCCCUGUCGCGUCCUUAUUUCGGUUGGUCCCGGAACUUACAGGGAGAAGAUAGAAAUUCCGGCAACAAUGGCUUACGUCACGCUUGAAGGAAGUGGUGCAGCGAAGACCAUAAUCAGAAUGGACCACACCGCAGAUCGGGCCGGGCCCAACGGAAAGCCCAUUGGCACUUACGGCUCUGCCACAUUCGCAGUCAAUGCUCCUUAUUUUAUCGCCAAGAACAUCACUUUUAAGAACAAAGCGCCUCCUCCGCCAGCUGGCGCCACCGGAAAACAGGCGGUGGCCCUUCGGAUCUCUGCUGACAUGGCGGCCUUCGUGAACUGCAAGUUCGUGGGUGCACAGGACACGCUAUACGACCACAAAGGGAGGCAUUAUUUCAAGAACUGCCAUAUUCAAGGCUCGGUGGACUUCAUAUUCGGAAAUGGGCUUUCGUUGUACGAAAACUGUCAUUUGCACGCCAAGACUAAUACGUAUGGGGCCUUGACGGCCCAGAAAAGGGAGAGCAUGCUUGAGGAAACGGGCUUCUCGUUCGUUAACUGUAAGGUUACUGGGUCGGGCGCGCUCUAUUUGGGCCGGGCCUGGGGCCCGUUUUCUAGGGUGGUGUUUGCUUAUACGUACAUGGAUAAGAUUAUCACGCCGAGAGGAUGGUAUGACUGGGGUGAUAAGCAGAGACAAAUGACGGUAUUCUACGGGCAAUUCAAGUGUUCGGGUCCCGGAGCAGAUUUUGGAGGGAGAGUGUCGUGGGCGAGAGAGCUAACCAAACAGGAGGCUGAGCCAUUCAUAUCACUAAGCUUCAUUGAUGGACAUGAAUGGCUCUCGAGUUUGUGAACUUUGUGGUGUUAUAAUAAUUAUUGAAGAAUUGGGGCUAACAGCAUCUAACCAGUGAUGUGUCUGUCAUUCUUUUCUCAAUUCUGCGCUUCAAAUUUAAUUUACAUGUUCCAUUGAAUCUAUUUUCAUGCGUCUAAUUUCUCCUAGAAAAAAGGAAUCGAUAAGGUAUGAGUUGAGAUGAUUAUGUAUUAUGCAUGUGAUUGUAUGUCUGUCAGUUAUUUGAA